CCACUGGCGGCCAAUUGAUAGCCUCGCUGUAACCGCCAGCUCAACCGUCUUCCUUCGCCAUGGCCAACGCUUCCGCCAAACGUACAGCUCAGCAGAAUGCGGAGACCAUCAAGAACAUGAAUCUCGGCAUGCUCCUCACGGGUGCGCUCUCGCUGCUACUCCGCAUUCUCUUUCGGAAAGGAACGCUCUCGCCUACGAGGAUCUCGUUUUGGCUGCUUGUCCUUUCCUAUGUCCCAUCUAUCUUUCUCUCGCGAUAUCUCGAGCGUAUUGGUUCUCCAAAGCGUGACCCCACUACUGGAACUUUGAUCUCUUCGGGAGAAGACCUCGGACGACCUGGCGUCAUCGAAUAUGCUUCGAUGUCAUCUACAUCACCUGUACGUCUUCAUGUAACGCAUCCUCUUGCACAACCAAUGUUUUGCUUUUGUCUAGGGGUAUGCCAAAUCGGCAGCGGCAUAUUUGGCGAAUGGUUCUGGUUCCUCUAUCUCAUUAUUCCUGUUUACGCAGGGUACAAGCUCUGGACCCUGGUUAUCUCGCCGCUGUUACUGGGAAGAUCCACGAGUGCGAAUGAUCAGGAGGACACCGCACCAAAAGAGGCGUCGAGUAAGCGUCAAGAGAAGCUGCGCAAGAGGGCGGAGCGAGCGCACCAGAGCGAGCCCGAAGCGGAUGUCAUGUUCACGUCUGGUACGGGAGGAACCAAUGGACAUGAUACUGCAUAUAUGCACCCUCUACAGCAAGGCGGCAGCCUAUCUCAUCCAGAACAGUCCAGUAUCGCAGACACACCUAUACCCCUACCAGAGGAUAUGGCGAAGCGCGAGCCUGUCGGUACUACCUUGCCCAAGGAUGGACCAAUACUGCCCAUUUUGACAAGAUUUCCGACAGUUAACCCUCGGUCUUCGCUGGGUGACCGCUUCUCCUCAAUCAACCUCGCAAAUGCGAGCCUCCAGUACUUCAAGGACCGUGCGCAGUCAGCCUGCGAGACUUACCUGCCUUCGCCUCUCCGCUCAGUGAUCACCACCUCCGCCUCUGCUGCAGCGGAUCCUUCCACGUCAAACGUCUCUGACUCUCAGAUCGAGGUAUCUGACAGCGUCUCUUCCACAGCGUCUGGCUCUGCUAUCGUUGUUCGCGAGGAACUCACAAAGACAGUGGACGCUACGAUCAACGCUUCUCCUCCAUGCACUAGUGAAGACGUUGCGACCUCUGCACACGCAGCUGCUUAGAUGGCAUACGUCCCCCUACUUCCGAGGGUUCUGGCCCUGGCUGUCAAGAUGGCCUUGCUUCUCACGCAGCGUCCAGCGAAGUUCCUGUCUCCGUUCUGUCUCCGGCCUCCGUCGAAACUCCUGCUCCAUCUGAGUCGCCACUUGAUCCUAUGCUUUCUCGUGCACUUCCUGCUCAUGAUGGAUCUGCUCC